GUGCUCUGAUAUUCUCUAGGGCGGGUCACCCUAUCUGUUCUGCUGCUUCUCUUCUCAGAAGUGUUAGGUUCAACCAGCAUCUCACCAAGGACACAGCUCUACUGGACUAUUGCAUAUCUACGGCUACUCUCAGUGACGAACGUAUGACAGGAUUUCAAUUUUGUGGAGCAAAGCUGACCUCGGUUCAAGAUGAGCAAGACUGAGAUGUUUGGAUUCCAGCUGGAAGUAGACGACAGAACAGAGAAGGAGAGAGCUGAACAUAGAGCUCAGAAUAAAGAUGAGUCUGGGUCGUCGAGAAAAUCUCCCAAAGCUCCUAUGGACACAGACUACGAGGAGAAAAUGGAUCCACUCAAAUCCAAAAUUAGAUUUGUGGGAAUGCCAAAAAUGACCAAUAAUAGUGAUGACAGUAACAACAGACAGAGCCAAAGGUUCACCAGAGAGAGGCUGUUUGAGGCGGUGGCCAGUGGUGAUGUAAGCCAAUUGGAUGGACUACACCAGUACCUUCGACAGAGGAUGAUGAGGCUCUCGGACGAUCUGUAUCAAUCAUAUGGGAAAACAUCUCUUAUGAAAGCGCUUCUACACCUCAGAGAUGGUCAAAACUUAACAGUGGAGCUUUUAAUCGAUAUCUCUGAAAAGUUGGGUGACAUCCAUAAGUUUGUGAAUGCAGCCUACACAAACAGCUACUAUAAAGGCCAAACAGCCCUGCAUAUUGCCAUUGAGCGGAGGAGUUUGUCUUAUGUGCAGCUGCUGGUCAGUAAAGGAGCUGAUGUUCAUGCUAAAGCCUGUGGGAAGUUCUUCCAGCCACAUGACGGACCUAACUUCUACUUUGGUGAACUGCCCCUUUCCCUGGCAGCCUGCACCAACCAGCCUGAGAUGGUGGACUUUCUGAUGCUGAACGAGUACAAAAAGGUCGAUCCUAAAGAGGUGGAUUCUCAUGGAAACACAGUGCUGCAUGCUCUGGUCACUAUCGCCGAUAACUCUGAAGCAAACACAGAGUUCAUCACCAGCAUGUAUGACCGCAUCCUCAGGACUACAGCCAGCCUGCAGUCCAAAGUCAAACUGGAGGAUAUAGAGAACCACAACAGGCUCACGCCUCUCAAAAUGGCUGCCAAGACCGGAAAGAUAGGGCUUUUCUCCCACAUUCUGAAACGAGAGUUUCAUGAACCUCACACCAAACACUUGUCCCGAAAAUUCACUGAGUGGGUUUAUGGUCCGGUGCAAAGUUCCCUCUACGACCUGAAUUCUGUGGACUCCCUGGAAAAGAAGUCUGUGCUGGAGAUACUGGUCUACGGCAAUAGCAUUCCAAAUCGUCACGAGAUGCUGGAAACUGAGCCUUUAAAUCACCUGCUCGACGAGAAGUGGAAGAGAUUUGCUGGAGGCAUAUUUUUCUUUAAUUUUCUGGUCUAUCUGCUAUACUUGCUGAUUUUCACCAUUGUGGCUUAUAAUAAGAAGGACAACAAUCCUCCGUUUCCUGUUGAGCACACACCUUUAGGAUACCUUUAUGUGGCAGGCCAACUGCUGAUAGCACUAGCAAACUUAUUUUUCUUUGUUACAGCGAUUAUAGAAAUGAAAAGGAAGCGGCCAAAGUUAGAAACAUUGCUUAUUGAUGGAUAUUACGACAUUCUUUUUUUCUGCCAGGCCUUGCUGUUCCUGGCUGCUGCGAUGCUAUAUGUCGGGAAGAGACAGGAGUAUCUGGGCUUCUUGGUGCUGUGUUUGGCUCUGAGCUGGGUCAACCUGCUCUACUACUCCAGAGGAGACAAGCACAUGGGCAUCUACAGCGUCAUGAUACAGAAGAUGAUUCUCAGUGAUAUUCUGCGGUUUCUCUUUGUCUAUGUCGUGUUUCUCUUUGGCUUUUCUGCAGCUGUGGUCACCCUCCUCAUUGAACCUCCUCCUGCCCCUGUAAAGAACACCACAAGAGGGCGCUUCGGAUAUACUACUCACUCUGUUGAAGACGGGUAUACCUGUGUCAAACCCACCUUUAGGAACAUUUCAUACACAACACUGGAGCUAUUUAAGUUCACUAUUGGGAUGGGGGACAUGGAGUUCACGGAGCAUUAUCAGUAUAAAGAGGUGUUCUACGUUCUGCUGAUCGGUUACAUCAUCCUCACCUACAUCCUGCUGCUCAACAUGCUCAUUGCUCUCAUGAACCGCACUGUGGAGAAGCUCACACUGGAGACCACCAGUAUAUGGAAGCUGCAGAGGGCUAUGACCAUCCUGGACAUGGAGAAGAGGCUGCCCUACUGUCUGAAGAAGAGGUUCCGCUGUGGAAUGGACAAGAACUUGGGCACUGCUCUGGGAGACGACAGACGCCGCUGCUUUAGAGUGGAGGAAGUCAACUGGAACAAAUGGAACAGCAACCUGGUCAAAAUACAAAUCAAUGAGGACCCUGGAUGGUACGACAGAGAGCGGAGUGCCAAUACACCACCACCACUUCGACCAAGCAGAGGGCGGAGCUGGAGAGUCUUUUCUCGAGACCGGAGUUUGCAGGGAUAUCAGUCUGCUGAGAUGCUUCAAGUUUAGCACGUCUUUGCUGAACCAAUACAAGGCAUUGAAAUAAUGUUUACUAUUGUAUAAUACUAUAUACUGAGUUUACAAAAAACUCCCAAAGAGUGAAAUGCAUUUCUUCUGAUUUUGCAUUCUCUGUAGUAGCCCAUAUGGGAAGGACUUUUGAGACUCUAAGGCAUUAUAUUGUCGGAAUAAAGG